AUGCUGGUUGAUCGAAGAAAGGCUGCCGUGUUCGGUGUGGCCUUGAUCUUACGACUACUGCUCCUCGGUCUCUUCCCCUCACUGCCUGACUUGUUGACGGGGCGAGUCGAGGUGUCGACGCCAGUGAAUAGCUUCAAGAGAUUGCAGGAAGGUCUCUUUCUUUAUACUCGCAAUGUCUCUCCUUACGACGGCGGUGUCUAUCAUCAGGCACCCUUGCUUCUUCCGAUAUUUGCUUUGCUCCCGAAUGCUCAAGACUUUGCUCUACCAACCGCUAUCUUUUACGCGCUGAUCGACCUUGUUAAUGCGAACGCGUUGGUCAUUAUAUCCAAUUCGGGACAGUCUGUGUCAGGGAGACUACACUCGGCAUUGAGAAAGAACAUUAGAUGGGAUGGAGUUGCAGUGGCAGCCUGGUUCCUUUUCAACCCUUUCACUAUUGCAACAUGUCUGGGCCGCUCGACGACCGUGUUUACCACUACCGGAAUAUUUUACGCCAUAUCGAGCGCUGUCCAGGGAAAUAGCUUGAAUUCCAUGCUGGCAUUGGGAUUUGCGUCGUACCUCUCCAUCUACCCAGUUCUCUUGUUCAUCCCGCUUGUUAUCUUGUGCUAUGAUCAGCGCGCACAGUCGACGAAGCCUCCCUCCAGUGCCGCACUCUUUGCUGUACAACAUUUCGGAAUCCUCCUAGGUGGCAUCACGGGACUGCUUGGAAUAUCCUGUCUGAUCAUUGGCGACUUCUGGGAAUUCAUAUCCGCAACGUACGGGUUCCAGCUACUCGUCCCUGACUUGACCCCUAAUGUCGGUUUGUGGUGGUAUUUCUUCAUUGAGAUGUUUGAUUCAUUCCGAGAGUUUUUCCUCGGUGUUUUCUGGCUUCAUCUGGCCGCAUAUGUUGGAGGAUUGACCGUGCGGCUGCGACGACAGCCUCUCUUUAUCAUCACCGCUCUCCUAGGCGUCUUCGCCAUCUUCAAGCCCUAUCCUAGUAUAUCAGAUGUAUCUCUCUACUUUGCACUCCUCCCACUUUAUCGACAUCUCUUCCCUUUGAUGCGUUACACCUUCUUCGCAAUCUCUGCCAUUCUGUACGCUACUCUCCUCGGUCCCGCAUUCUAUCAUCUAUGGAUCUACGCCGGAUCAGGUAACGCCAACUUCUUCUAUGCCAUCACCCUUGUCUGGAGUCUUGGGCUCUCCAUCUUACUGGCCGACUCCAUCUUUGCUGCACUCAGAGAUGAGUGGGAGCAGAAGUAUCCGGAAAUGAGAGGGAAAGAUGUGAGACAAGUUUAG